GCUAGCAGCAUGGCACACCGAAACCAAUUUAACUAUACGUAAAGAGCAACGGAGCCCUCAACUGAGAUUUUAGUCGAAGGCGCCAGCCACGUGCGAAGCAAAAAGCAGCCAAUGGCGUGCGGUACCAUCUUCAGCGUUGACAAGGCGUCGGUUGGGACCAUUCGUUUGAAACGGAGAGCACAGCUGACAUGGCCCCUGACAAAAAGACCAAGACGCAGCCUUCAGAAGGAAGGCGGACGACCAGAUCCAACUCCGGCAGCCGACUCGCCUCCACCGUGGUGCGGGACAAGUCGAGCUCCCCGAGCCGUGGCCGGUCGCCCAAGCCGUCUCCACCCGGCAAGCGGCAAGCGAGCCGCAGCCGUAGCCGCAGCCAGGGCCGUGGGGGUCGCCCCAAGGGGUCCAGCAAAUCGCCCGGCCGCAAGUCGAGCCCGGGCAAAGUGGGCCGCCCCAAGAAGUCCGCCAAGUCGCCCGGCCGCAAGCCGAGCCCGGCCAAAAAGUCGCCGAAGAGGAAGCCGAGCCCGGUCAAGAAGUCGCCGGCCCGAAGCGGUGCCAGGGCCAGCAGCUCGGACCGGGGUCCAGUUAAGAGCGCAGCGCCCAAGAGCCCCGCAAAGAGGGCGGACACCCCCCGCGCGCAGUCCAAGUCGCCGUCACGUCCGUCGAUGGCAGGAGGGAGGCGGAGCGUCAGUCCGGCUGCGAAACAGCAUGAGAUUAACCGCAAGGGUGCGGCCACGCCGCCGCGCCUCCCGGUCGGCACGCCGGGCCAGACGGUGACUCCGCGUUCUCCGCUGCGCCGCCGGUCGGUGCCAACUCCGUGGGCCGGCGCGGAGCGACCAGAGCCCAAGGGGAACUCGGUCCUGGCGGAGCCCCGCAUCCAGCUGGACAAGUCGCAGGUGCUCUACACCCCAGAUAGGGGGCGGGGCGCGCUGAGGACCUCGGCCCGCAUUGCCACCAUGCAGACCACCGGGGCGGACGACCGGCCGGACUCUGGGAAGCUCCCGGAGAAGGGGAAGAGCGAGAAGCGCUUUGCCGUGUGGGAAAGCCUCAAGUCCUUCGGCUGGGGGCCCAGCCUGGCCUCCCUGUGCUGGCUGCUGUCGCUGCCCCUGCUGGCCCUGGCCGUGCAGCUGCUCUCUGGCAGCUGGGCCCUGUUGCCGCUGCCUUCGGUGCCCAAGUCCCUUGAGGCCUACCUGCGCUGGCAGCUGUUCGCGGGCUACGCCGGCUUCCUGCUGGCACAGGCCCUGCUGCAGGCCCUGCCUGUGGGACGCACCGUGUACGGCUUCCCCUCCAAGGUGUUCAAGCAUCACGUGGCCUUCAAGUACCGCCUUAACGGCUGGGUGAACUUGCUGGCCACGGCUGCGGCCUUCGGAUGCCUGGUGUACUACGGGUUAUCAGCGUCCGCACUGCACCUCCACAGCCUGCAGCUGCUGGUGACGGUGCUGGUCACGGCCACCGUGCUCUCCGUCCUGCUCUACAUCAAGGGGCGCUUCGCGUCCCGCAACCACCGCUUUCCCGCCGGCAACACUGGGAACGUCCUGAACGACUUCGUGGUGGGCAGGGAACUUUCGCCGCGCAUCGGCGAGGUGUACGACCUGUCUGCCCUCUGCUUCCGCUGUGGUCUGCUCAGCUGGGCCGUGCUGGUGGGCUUCACGGCCUGGCAGGAGUUUGCAGCAAACAAGUGCCUGGGCUACAACUUUGCAACGAGUGCGACCUGCCAGCUCAUCUACAUCUGCAUGGCCUUCUACGCCGAGGAGUACUACCUGGCCUCGGUGUUUGUGACCGAGGACGCCCUGGGCUACGUGUCCUUGGUGGCCAACCUGGCCCUGCUGCCCCUCCUGUCCAGCCUGCCCGCCCGCUACCUGCACGAGUGGCGCCCCACCAUGCCCCUCUACUGCCUCGCCUCCAUAGGGGCCAUCUUCGUGCUGGGCCAGACGUUGCUCCACCUGUCCCACAAGCGCAAGUACUCGUUUCGUCGCAACUGGCCCGACCCGUCCUCCAGGGGACAAGGUCUGGACUACCUGCUGGACAAGUCCGGCAACCGGCUGCUGGUCUCUGGGCUUUGGGGCCUGGUGCGCCACCCAAACUAUCUGGGCAGCUUCCUCUGCACGCUUGCCUUCGCCCUGCCCUGCGGUGUGAGCCACGCCCUCCCGUACACUGCCGUUCUGCUCCAAGCACUGUUCCUGGUUGUGCGCGUGUUCGAGGUGGAGGGCAAGUGCCGGCAACGCUACGGAGACCUGUGGCUGCGCUACACCCAGCGGGUCAAGUACCGGUUGCUGCCCUACGUCUUCUGAGCACCCCCGACACCCGUCCGACACCACGACGGGAUCGGUGCUGGUCGUCGGCAUCGAUUACGACGUGGCAAAGGAUCGGUUCUGUAGAGCGGACGGUGCUCGGUCGACGCGCGGACGUAUUGCUGGGGUCCAGUUUGAGGCAACGCUGCGGAGUGUGGCAGCGUCGUAAAGUGACGAGCGUCCUGCCACAUCGGCCCGCGGUCACGUUCGUACGCGGUCGGCGAAUGAAAUAAUCCGGGUGUCUGGAAUUGUGUGUUAAACCUGAAAUCGUUUUAAGCGAUGGUGCAAAUGUUUUGAAUCCCAUCAUCCGACAUCGAUUGCACAAAAUGGUUUCUUUGUAUUAUCAGUUUAGCGAUUUUAUUCUCUCACUGUCAUCUUUCUUUUCAUUUUUUAUCCCUACGAUGAGACAUUAACAUAGCUAAGUCUUAUUUACUUUCACAUCUUGCGUUUUUAUGUGUGUAUAAAGCCUCCAUGCAAAGUAUCACCCUUUUGUUCGUUGACCCCAGAGGAAUCCUUACAAGAGGAAAUGGUCUGCAUCCCGACGCUCUCUUCGACGGACGACGUCUGGGAAUUGCUCGCUCAAAUUCACAUUGCAAUUUUAGUGCUUUACGAUAUCUCAGCUUAUGUUUAUGUUGCGCGACGGCUCAAGGCGGCAAUCAUCACUCCAUGCAUGUCAAAGGACGUAUCCCCCUUUUGGCAAGUUUUUAAAUGUGACGCCGCGUUUUCACUGUAAAUAUCAGUGAUCAUGUUUCUUAAUAAAAAGGGGUUGGUGGGGUAAGCGGUGGGUGGAGGCCCACCGCCUCCAUUCGUUGCGUGCUCAUUGUCAUGGCCAAAAAGAAGAGGAUUUUGUAUUCAGACGCGUCUGCUCUUAGCAUUAGCGAUGUGUAUCACCGGCAUGAAAAAAAAAUGUAUGUCACCCACCAUUGUACCGUUACAUUGCGUAACAAUAAACAUGCAUCAUAUCCAUUUUAAAA